CCCUGAGCAGCUCACAGUCUAGUAGGAGACCUGUAAUCACUGAACAGCCACUGUGGACCAGGCCCUGGGCUGGGUGCUGAGGGGAGAAAGAGGACAAGAUUGGCCUCCAGCCCUGAGCAGCUCACAGUCUAGUAGGAGACCUGUAAAGAGGCAGUUACUGUGCCACAGUGCUGAGGACUCAGAGGAGUGUGGAAUGGGUGUCUUCCACAGAGGUUUGCGAACCAGAAGGAGACACCAGGGGGGAUUUCGUCGAGGGCCUUGUGGGGAGCUGGUGAUUAAACUGCUUCUUGCGGCCUCCAUACAGAGGAGUGCACAGGGCACUCUGGACACAGGAGUAGCUUGUGCAAAGGAAGCGAAUGUGUAACUACACAUGGCUUGUGCGUCAAGCCAGGCAGUGUUGAGUCAAGGGGUGACAGGGUCUGAUGUUUGAAGGGAUCGUCCUAGUGGAUCGUUUCUGUACAUGUGAGACCUUGGGGAGGAGGGCUGGAAAUGGACAUGAAAUUCCACUGGAUUCAUCAUGAAGCUUGUCAAAGACAAACUCACACUCAUCCAUCCUAGUGCCUGGUGAACAUGACCGACUGUGGUUGAGGCAGAGUGGCUCACCGUGGACACACUGAAUUAGCCUCCUGGGCUUUUGGGCAGAGGCCACCAUGGAGCAGUGCGCGAGUGUGGAGAGAGAGGUGGACAAGGUCCUGCAGAAGUUUCUGACCUAUGGGCAGCACUGUGAGCAGAGCCUGGAGGAGCUGCUACACUACGUGGGCCAGCUGCGGGCUGAGCUGGCCAAUGCAGCCCUCCAGGGGACCCCUCUCUCUGCCACCCUCUCCCUGGUGAUGUCCCAGUGCUGCCGGAAGAUCAAAGACACCGUGCAGAAACUGGCUUCGGACCACAAGGACAUUCACAGCAGCGUCUCUCGAGUGGGCAAAGCCAUCGACAGGGUGAGCCUGCGGGCAUCCCUGGGCUGGGGGUGGGGAUGCCCUGGAGCUAGUGUGUCGGGCUCGGUGGGAGGUGGGAAAGUGAGCGUGAGCAGCAUGGAUGCUGAGUCACAGAGCCCUGUCUCUUGUCCUCGUCAGAACUUUGACUCUGAGAUCUGUGGUGUCGUCUCCGACGCAGUGUGGGACUCACGGGAGAAGCAGCAGCAGAUCCUACAGAUGGCCAUCGUGGAGCACCUGUACCAGCAGGGCAUGCUCAGUGUUGCCGAGGAGCUGUGCCAGGAAUCCACCCUGAAUGUGGACUUGGACUUUAAGCAACCUUUCCUGGAGCUGAAUCGAAUCCUGGAAGCUCUGCACGAACAAGACCUAGGGCCGGCGUUGGAGUGGGCCAUCUCCCACAGGCAGCGCCUGCUUGAGCUCAACAGUUCCCUGGAGUUCAAGCUGCACCGACUGCACUUCAUCCGGCUCCUGGCGAGCGGCCCCGAGAAGCAGCUAGAGGCCCUCAGCUAUGCCCGGCACUUUCAGCCAUUUGCACGGCUGCACCAGCGAGAAAUCCAGGUGAUGAUGGGCAGUCUGGUGUACCUGCGGCUGGGCUUGGAGAAGUCGCCCUACUGCCACCUUCUGGACAACAGCCACUGGGCAGAGAUCUGCGAGACCUUUACCCGGGAUGCCUGUUCCCUGCUGGGGCUCUCGGUGGAGUCGCCCCUCAGCGUCAGCUUUGCCUCUGGCUGUGUGGCGCUGCCGGUGCUGAUGAACAUCAAGGCCGUGAUUGAGCAGCGGCAGUGCACGGGGGUCUGGAGUCACAAGGAUGAGUUACCGAUCGAGAUCGAACUGGGCAUGAAGUGCUGGUACCACUCGGUGUUUGCCUGCCCCAUCCUACGGCAGCAGACGUCAGAUUCCAACCCUCCCAUCAAGCUCAUCUGCGGCCACGUGAUCUCUCGAGAUGCGCUCAACAAGCUCAUUAACGGUGGAAAGCUCAAGUGUCCCUACUGUCCCAUGGAGCAGAACCCAGCUGACGGGAAACGCAUCAUAUUCUGAUACCCGCCUGGGAGGAACUUUGUCAAAAGGGGCUUUUCACCCUUGAGCCUUGGUCUUGUCUACGAGGGGGUAGCUGCUGUCUGUGGAUUGUGGUUCACUUCAGUGCAAAUGGCCAAGUGCCACUCCAGGCAGAGGCCAAGAAGGGAGAUGAACCAGUUUGUGCCAGGCAGCUGGCUCCUUGGCCAUGAGGGUAGGUAGACACUGGCCUCUGCACCCCUGCCGUUUCCCUAUCUGUAUCUGCCACUGACUUAGUCACAACCAACAGAGAGGCAGAGGACUUGGCAGGCAACAUGGACAUCUUCCCAGUCCUGGCAUCCUACCCCCAGCCGGGUCGCUGAUGGCUACACCCAUGCUGUAUCUGCUCCUCCAGUGGUACAGCCUCACAACUGUAUGUAUCCACUUCCCACUGUAAAUAGUCAGGUUUGAACUGAAUGCCGUGGUUUUAUAACUGAGCAAAUAUAUUCACAGGCCUUCUCCUUA